GCUCACACAUAGCAACAAUUUUAGCGGAUAGGCAAGGCAUGGACGCUAUAGUAAUUCUUAGUCUGAUCACGAUGGCACUUUUCUCCACCACCCGACUUGUGCAUUGUGCUCCACUGGGACGCGAUGACGCUCUGCGACUUAGAGAAGAGGAAUCAGAAGAGACAGAACAAGGACGCCCGGAGACAGACGAGCGCGAUAGAAUUGUGACUUUUUUAGCUUUAUUGGAGAAAGCAGAAAGAAUUGCCAGUUCUAGAUUUGCAGCUCAGAUCACUGGAAUUAGAGCCAACAACAAAUUGUUUGGAAAGAAGAACAGAAUGGAUGACAUACGAGAGGAACAAGCCAACCCUGGCUUUCAUCAGGAAGAAUCUAUUGACCAAAUGGAUGAACUGACAGACCACAGUCCCAUGAAAGGGAAGCAUUUUAGGAAAGUUUCACAAGGUUUACCCAGGAAGUCCAAAAAAAAGCGAGCUUGCUUUUGGAAAUACUGCAUCAAAACGAGCGACUGA